AUGCUCAAAACUUUACAAAUGGUUAUUCUCUUCAUGGCUAGCUUCCUAGCUCCAACUACCGCCGCUCCGCCCCACAAGUGCGGAUAUGGCUGGGGCGUCAAGGCAUGCCUCAAUUCCGAUGGGAGUCUCUGCUGUCACCAGGAAGAGUGGCUGGACUGCCCGAGCAUUUGCAGCGGUACUUCAGAUUGCGUUUACGGCGCUAGUACAGACAAUGUUUGGUUGAAUUUUCGUAUGGGGCUGGAGAUGGUGGCAGGAUACUCAGAAAAGUCUUUCAUUCUUGGUCUUGCGGGAAUUGGGGGUCACUUGUGCGUUGUGAAUUCCGCGGGGUGA